AUGGAUGUUAAGACUGCCUUCUUGAACGGAGACUUAGAUAAAGAAAUCUAUAUGGAACAACCCGAGGGGUUUUCAUCUCCAGGGCAGGAAAAGAAAGUGUGUAAAUUGGUGAAGUCAUUGUAUGGCUUGAGACAAGCACCAAAACAAUGGCAUGAGAAAUUUAACAGUGUCAUGAUGGAGAGUGGAUUUAAGAUCAAUGAGUGUGCAGCUAUAUCAUGGAAAUCUUCUAAACAAACAGUGAUAGCCAGAUCCACUAUGGAAUCUGAGUUUAUAGCUCUAGAAAAAAGUGGUGAAGAGGCUGAGUGGCUACGCAACUUGUUAGAGGAUAUUCUAAGAUGGCAUAAUACCAUUAAGCAACUACUCUUAACUGGAGUUAUCACUAUUGAUUAUGUAAAAUCAAAGGAUAACAUUACGGAUCCGCUAACCAAAGGAACAGUUCAAGGACAUCGCGUCUACUGGUUAGCCAGUGAAAUAAAUAUGUUUUCACAAGCGAAGGUUCAAAGGGUAACACCUACCUAUCAGUUCUCUCUGGAUGGUGGUGUAGUUCAGGCACUAGUUCAGUUCGCUGAAGUGGUUUUUGCGGUGCUCGGAAGCUACUGUGAAAGAUCAAUUAAACUCUCCUCUCCAAUUGCAAAACCGCUUAAAAUACGUUUCAAGGUUAUAGUCCCCCUCGAGAAAAUAAAGAGAGCCAAUGAAAGUGAAAAUGCUAAAAAACCAAGGCAAAAGUACGUGUAG